GCCGCUGCUGCAGUCAUAUUCAAGCUGUGUUCAGGGACUGGUUCAUUGAGCCCUGCUCUCUGAUCCACCAUGAAGCUGCAUGUGAUCAUUCCUCUGUGUGCUCUGCUCACUCUCACCCAACAGACACCUUCACGUGAUGUGAAUUGUAGGUGUGAGCUGACUCAUUCAGAGAAGGCAUUCCCUCAUGACAAACUCAGCACAGCGGAGGACAGUGCAUCAAAAUGCAACAGUAACGUCACUCCACAGAAGACUCUGGAGCUGGAGAGUCUGCUGCUGGGUUUAGAGCGACGUGUGCCCCAGCUGCAGGAAGAUGUGUCCGUGCUGGAGAGAGAGGAUGACGGACAGCUCUACUCAGUUCUCAGCCUGCUGGUGGUGGAGAAUGAACUGCUGGAGAUCAAGCAGCUCAUCAACAGGCUCAACAGGACCAUGCUGGCACACCAGUGGCUAACUACUAAUACCACUAAUGAGCUGGAUGACCUGAGAGCAGAGAUGCAGGAGCUGGAGACGUACGACACCAUGCAGGUGGUGAAGAGACAACAAGACAACCAGCGUCUGAAGAGAGACCUGGACAAGUGCAUGCAUGGACUUCAACCCACCACCCAACCCACUCAGCCCCCACAUGGUUACUGUCCCCACGGCCAGUUUCGGAACGUUACCGGGCCGAGGGUCUACACGGCAGGAGAGUACCCUGGGUCCUACGCGUAUGGAGCCUGGGGUCGGGAUCCUAAACCAGAGGCGGGGAAGGAGAACUUUUAUUGGAUGGUCGUACUGACCUCCGGCAACAAAUUCUCCAACUACGUCCGUUUCUACUCCAGCCUGAGCGCUCUCAUUGUAGGUGUGAGCACACCAGGUAACAUCCAGAUCCACUCCUCUAACCCAACCACCAACACCAUCCAGGGUCCAAACGUGGUGCUGUAUGGAGGGGCCUUGUACUACAACUGUUACAACCAAGAUGCUGUUUGUCGAUUCAACCUCACCACCAAAGCUGUUACCACCUUACGGCUGGCCAAAGGCACCAGGUUUAACUCAAAGGGUAACUUCUGCCACCUCGAUGACUGCUACUUGUUCACAGACCUGGACCUGGCCACAGAUGAGUCAGGCGUCUGGGUGAUCUAUACCACCACCCAGGACUUUGGCUACAUGGUGCUAUCCAAGGUGGAGGAACCGCUGGCGCUCGGUCAAACCUGGCGCACCUCGGUCUACAAGCAGGGGGUGACCAACACCUUUAUGGCGUGCGGCGUGCUCUACGCGACCCGGUAUGUCAACAAAGACACUGAAGAGAUCUUCUAUUCGUUCGACACCACCACAGGAGUAGAAAGGUUCAACCUCGGCAUCUUCAUCAACAAGAUGUCUCCCAACAUUUAUUCUCUGAACUACAGCCCUGUGGACCAGAUGCUGCACGCCUACUGUAACUCCUACAUGGUUUCCUACAAGGUUUUGUUUUUGUGAAAGGAUAAUGCUGACAACAUUUUCUAUAAAACCCUGUGAAAUUACUUGUGCUAUACAUGGGCAUGGCAUGGUUAACAUGGUUAAAUCAGCAUAAUGUAAUGUAAUUUGCAGUCUACUCAUUCCAUUAGCACAAAAACACAGUCAUGUCAUACUCUACUGCUUUUAGUUUAUCUUCUUCUUUCUCAAGCUUCUUCUUAGCUUCUUAAGCUACUAUAAGUGAAACCCUACACCUCCUGGAGAUGAACCCUACACCUCCUGGAGAUGUUUCAAUUCAAAGCCUUCAGGUGAAGGGGUGAGUUAUUUCCUCUGAGCUGCUUGAUUUAUUUUCGACAUCUUUAAACAUCUGUGUAAGAAACACGGAGUUUCAUUCACAUUAUCUUAACCCUUUCACGCUUAGGGUCACAACUGGACAGCUAUUCAAAAGCUGUUUUCUUGUAUAUGUAUGGGUUUUAAUGGUAUAGCUGCACAUCAACCACCACAGUGCAAGUUUGUUUGUAAUCCUCUACACUGCCACCCAAUGGUCAGCCCUUGUAAGUGCAAUACAAUGUCUCAAAACAAAGAUGGCCGACAUAAGGCCAGGAAUGCUCAGCCCCUCAGGAAUAGGAGACCCUUGCAAGUAAAUAAAAUUUGGGAGCAUCAAGUAACAACGAAGGCGUAAUACAAUUGUUAAAAUUUCCAUUGGUGUGUUAACUACACAUUUCUUCAGUUGAAAACUUUUUUCAUGCAUAAAGACAAAUAAAAACACUUAGAAAAAAAAACUUGACUGAGGCUGUAAUAGUUCAUGCAUGAAAAGGUUAACAUUGAACUGAAAAGCAAAGUUGAGCGAUUUGAAUUAUUUAGUGUUGGACUGCUUUAGUAUGUAACUUCAACAAUACCAAAAGGAACACCAUGAAAGCUGUUUUGCAGCUUUUACUUUCAUAAAGUUCAGCAAUUCAUUUGUAAAUGAAGGCAGACCGUUCCACAUCUUGAGCUUUUGUAA